AGUUACUUAAUAUUUGUUAAGCUAGGAAUAGGUUACUUAAAUGAUGUUGAUGAUAUAAAUUGAAGUUGCUCAAUGAUGUUGUUUUUGUGUUUGGUUUCAAUUUUCUCAGUUCAUGCCCAAGAUUCUAUGCCCAUCAUCAAAGAUAUUCCUGAUGUCUACCUUGCAUUAAAUCAAAAUUAUAGUAUCUCUUGUGAAACCAAUGUUACUUGGCCUAUCACCUGGUCUAAAGUCAACGGUGUUGUAACAAACAAUAAUAUUGGCAAAUUAGUAAUAAUCAAUAUGAAAGCUUCAGAUGCUGGUGUUUAUACGUGCAAAGUGCAAAAUCCACUAAAUUCAAUGGAGUCGAGUGACAAGUCUUUUACUUUGCAUUAUGUUGAUUCUUUAAAAUGGAUUGAAAUACCAAAAAGUUCUGAAGUGAUUGCAAACCAAAAUUUUAGUUGGACAGCCAGUAUUAUAUCACCAAGUGAUAAAAUAAACUUUGUUUGGCUAAAGGAUGGUAACAUAAUGGAAAAAAUUAAAUCUGAAGAAAACAUAGAAGGGGCAAAAUAUUCAUCAAGGUUACUUUUUAAAAACAUAAGUAUUGAAGAUUUUGGUAAAUAUAGAGUUAUUGUAGAGAAUAUGGUAAUCAGUGGAGUUGCUUAUGAUAUGUCUCUUAAAGUAAAGUCUGCACCAUAUGUCGAGAUUGAAGAUGGAACAGAAAUAAAAGUUAAAGAAGGAGAAAGUAUUAGCAUUACAUGUUUGGUAAAUGCAUAUCCAAUUCCGUUUAUCUCAUGGUCAAAAAAUGAGACAAUUAUAUCUAUUGAAAAAAAGCCUAUUUCUUCUAAAAAUGAAUGGCGUUUUAAAUAUGUUCUUCCUAUAAAAAAACUGAAGAAGAAAAAUGUUUUUGUUUGUACAGGCAACAACAGCAUUGGAAGCUCAUUUGCAUCAAUCAUAGUUAAUGUAGAUGUUCCUGCUACAAAAGAUUCUACAAUAGCAGCUGUUGUUGCUGUCAGUGUUUUUUUCCUCCUCGUUAUUCUGUUUUUGGUGAUUUUUUACUUCAAAUACAAAGACACACUAUUUAUACAUCUUAAACCUAUUGCAGAAAAUGGUCAAUUUUAUACUGAUUUAAUUGUUGAAGAAAAAAAUUUUUCUGAUUUACAUGAACUUGAGAACAAUCCCCAUUCAAUUAAAAAAAACAUUAAUAUAUCAAUUCGACGUAAUGUAAGAGCUACAAUAAAACAACCUAAUAAAGAUGAAUCAGGUGCAUCUAAAAGGUUAUUACCCAGCAUUAAACGUGAACAACAAUCUCAAGAAAAUCAUAGCGCUAGAUUAGGAUCUCUUAUCUGCCAAGGAAAAUCUGUGGAAUUUAAGCACAUAGUAUUUGAUGAAAUACUUGGAUCAGGAGAGUAUGGCCAUGUUAGUGGGGGGCGUAUAAUUGAUGAAGGUGAUCCCAACAUGUGUAAAGAUGUUUCUAUUAAGAUGUUGCAUGACAAUGCAUCUGCAGAAACUUACAGAGAUAUGCUUAAUGAACUUAGGAUGAUGAGACGUGUUUCAAGACAUCCAAAUGUUAUUUCACUUAUUGGUUGGUGUAUAACAGAUAAAAAUCUAUAUGUUCUGGAAGAGUAUGCUCCCUUUGGAUGUCUUUUAACUUUUUUGCGUACUCAGCGUCUUCUUCGACUAAGACAAGAGAAUUUAGAAGAGUUACCAUCAGAAGAUCAGAUUGAUGAAAAAACAUUGCUUUCAUUUUCUUGGCAAAUUGCCUCAGGCAUGAAGCAUCUUGCAGGACUUCAGAUUGUUCAUCGAGAUUUAGCAUGCAGAAAUAUUUAUUUGGGACAUGAAAAAGUAUGCAAAAUUUCAGAAUAUGGACUGACAAGAGAUAUAUAUGCUGAAAAUGUGUACAGAAAAAAUACAGGAGGUCAACUUCCAGUUCGUUGGAUGGCUUAUGAAGCAAUUUUUGAAAGUCUUUACACUGAAAAAUCUGAUGUUUGGUCGUUUGGAAUACUUUUGUGGGAAUUAAUCUCUUUGGGUAAAAUACCAUAUCCUGAAAUUAUAAGAACCGAGGAGCUACUUGAUGUUCUUGAAUCGGGUUAUCAUAUGGAAAAUCCUGGUCACAUUUCAACAGAUUUCUAUUUGUUGAUGAACUCUUGUUGGAAUAAGGCUCCAGAAAAUCGUCCAUCAUUCAGUAGCCUUGUUAAAAAGUUGGCUGAGUUUAUGAAUGAUAAAGACGAGAUGCACGUGAAUCUGAAUAACUUCUUUAAAAAGGAGUUGGACAAUUUUCUUCAAGAUGAAGAGGUUUCAUCGCCCACAACUGAUUUCCAUAAAAUAUCUCCUUUUGACAAUUUGCCGGUUUAAACAUAAUUGCUACGUUUGCUUGAAAUUUUUGUUAAAGUUAUUUAAUUCGAAAUCAUUCUGCUGAAAUUUCACCGUUUUUUACCGUUAUUCUAAUUUAAAUAUUUUUUAUAUGUAAUAAAAUGAAAUUUUAUUUAGAAUCCUUUUGCCGUUUAAAAUGUUUAAUUGUUUAUAUAAAUAUUUUAUAAAAUAUUUUUAAAAUUUAUUUUUAUUACUUUAAUAUAGUUUAAGAACAAAAUGGUUUUGUGUUUUUGUAUCUUUACUUGUUUUUAAUAUUUUUUAAAAAAUUUAUUUUCCCAUAAUGUCAUUAUUCUACAAUGGAAAUGAAAGUUUCACCAGGAUUACUGUAAUCUAUGGUUACAGAUAUCUAUGGUGGUACUUGUUAUCUAUGGUGGUACUUUAUUUGUGCCAUGAAAAUUGGUCUUUAAAGUUGUCAAACUUGCUGGUCCUUGAAAUCAUUACCUGAUUUAGUUAUAUUUGAAAUUGUUGUUAAAAUCAUAUUAUUUUAGGAUAUAUAUUUUUUGCAUAUA